GGGAAACGCAAAGGCAAAAGCAAAAAGUGGAAGGAAAUCUUGAAAUUCCCUCACAUUAGCCAGUGUGAAGAUCUCCGAAGAGCAAUAGAGAGAGAUUACUGCAGCAUAUGCGAAAAGCAGCCGAUCGGAAGGCUUCUCUUUCGGCAGUUCUGUGAAACUCGACCCGAGCUCGAGUGCUGCAUUAGGUUCCUUGACUCGGUGGCAGAAUAUGAAAUUGCUCCAGAUGAAAAGCUGGGAGAGAAAGGAAAGGAAAUCAUGAUGAAAUACCUCACCCCAGAGUCUCCAGCCUGCGUUCCCGAAGUCAGUCAAGAUCUUAUCCAACAGACAGAGGAGAAACUCGAAAACAGCCCCUGCAAGGAGCUAUUCUCUCCUUGUACAAAAUCUGUCCUGGACCACCUCAGUGGGGAACCAUUCCAAGAAUACCUAAACAGCAUGUACUUCGACAGGUUUCUCCAGUGGAAGUGGUUGGAAAGGCAACCAGUAACAAAAAACACGUUUCGGCAGUACAGGGUACUAGGGAAAGGCGGCUUUGGGGAGGUCUGCGCUUGCCAAGUCCGAGCGACAGGGAAGAUGUACGCCUGCAAAAGAUUAGAGAAGAAGAGAAUAAAAAAGAGGAAAGGCGAAUCCAUGGCACUAAAUGAAAAGCAGAUUUUAGAAAAAGUCAAUAGCCAGUUUGUAGUCAAUUUAGCCUAUGCCUAUGAAACAAAGGAUGCACUGUGCUUAGUUCUGACCAUCAUGAACGGAGGGGACCUGAAGUUUCACAUCUACAACAUGGGAAACCCCGGCUUUGAGGAGGAAAGAGCGUUGUUUUAUGCAGCAGAGAUUCUUUGUGGCUUAGAAGACCUACACAGGGAAAAUACGGUGUACAGAGAUUUGAAGCCAGAAAAUAUCCUGCUAGAUGAUUAUGGCCAUAUUAGAAUAUCUGAUUUGGGUCUAGCUGUUAAAAUCCCUGAGGGUGAAUCAAUCCGUGGAAGAGUAGGAACAGUAGGGUAUAUGGCUCCAGAAGUGUUGAACAACCAGAGAUACACACUCAGCCCUGACUACUGGGGGCUAGGCUGCCUCAUUUAUGAAAUGAUUGCUGGGCAAUCACCAUUUCGUGGAAGGAAAGAGAAGGUGAAGAGGGAAGAAGUGGACAGAAGAGUGCUGGAGACAGAAGAGGUGUACUCCCAUAAGUUUUCUGAGGAGGCCAAGUCCAUCUGUAAAAUGUCCAUGCUAUCUCUUGAUCCACAACAGAAGCCAGGAGAAGUGUCUGGAAUGCUGGAUCCUCCCUUCGUCCCUGAUCCCAGAGCUGUAUACUGCAAGGAUGUGCUAGACAUCGAGCAAUUCUCCACAGUGAAAGGAGUUAACCUGGACCAAACAGAUGAUGAUUUUUAUUCCAAGUUUUCCACAGGAUCAGUGUCUAUUCCAUGGCAAAAUGAGAUGAUAGAAACAGAGUGUUUCAAAGAACUGAAUGUAUUUGGACCAAAUGGUACUAUUUCACCCGACCUAAACAAAAGCUACCCCCCAGAGCCACCCAAGAAAGGAUUGCUACAGAGAAUAUUUAAACGACAGCAUCAGAACAAUUCAAAGAGUUCUCCAAAUUCAAAGGCCAGUUUAAAUCACCACAUAAAUUCAAAUCACGUAAGUUCAAACUCCACUGGAAGCAGCUAGUUCCAACUCAGUUUUAUGAAACAACAUGUUGCAUCUGUCCACUAUAAUCUACAGAGCUUCUAUGGAUGAGAGAGCCUCCACCAUUGAGUGAAAAAAGAAAUUAUCUCCACAAAAUGGAGAUUUUCUAUCCAUUACUUCCAGAGGAGCCUCACAUUUUAAGAAGAAUUUUCCACUCAGGUCUGUUUUUGGAGGUGGCACUCAAGACUGUGUGAAUCAAAUUUGUCUAUUUAGGACAUUGCAAUAGAAAUUCAAUGAACAUGACUACUUGCACGUAUUUAAAUAGCAUCAUACUAGAACUGAAUUUUGUCUUUAUUAUUUUUAAAGAAAAGUUUUGUAAAUUUCUCUAUUGUCUCAGUUUACAUUUUGUACAUUUGUAUUUAAAUGAAAGUCAGACUUUGGAGGUGUAUAUUUUCCAAGCAGCAUCUGUAAAGCCAUGUGUUUUAAGACAUUUUUUUAAAAGAAAAAAAAAAAUGUGACUCAAGACUUCCAGAGCCUCAGAUGAGAA